GGCUGACCUGUGACUUCUGGUCACUUGUGUAGAUUCGUCUUGCUACCCUGUUGGCGGCGACUGCUGCGGCGAUAACAGCGGCGGCUACUGCGAACCUGGCUACCGCUGUACCUUCGUCACGAGUGACGGCGGAGUGCCAGGAUGCGAACUCGAUGAGGCUUCGCCGACCAGCUCACCCUCGCCUAUCCUCGCUUCCUCCUCCAGCCUUGAAGCCGCAGAGAUCGCCGGUAUCGCAGUGGGAUGCGGCGUCGCUCUCAUCCUCGCGAUCCUCGCACUGAUUCUUCUCCAAAGACGCCGGUCGCAACGUACAAAACACGUAUCAAAAGAGACGCAUCGAUCCCUCGACCUCACACCCUCGAAAUAUCAGCCUCGCCUUCCCUGCCCCUCGAUCGAAGUCUCCCCUUCACCCGGGACGAAUUCGAAAUCGCGCUCGUCUGUGCGCUCCGCCUCGAAUACGACGCCGUCUGCCUCCUCUUCGACACAUUCUGGGACGAACGCGGGGACCGGUUUGGGCGGGCACCUGGCGACUCCAAUACAUAUACAACGGGACGCAUUGGAAGGUAUAAUGUGGUUCUGGCGCUGCUACCGAAUAGGGGAAAAGUGAGCGCCGCGAGUGCAGCUGCGUCCCUGCAGCAUAGCUACCGGGGCCUGCGAUUGGCGAUACUCGUGGGAAUUUGUGGCGGGGUUCCGUUCCCAGCCCAUCCUCGCGAAAAGGCAGACAAUGUGGAAAGCCGCAGCGAGAUCCUGCUGGGCGAUGUCGUCGUCAGCCAAAAGGUCAUCCAAUACGACCUGGGCAAGCGGUACCCCAACGCGUUUUUGCGGCGCGACACGGUCGAGGAUAAUCUCAGCAGACCGAAUACAGAUAUCCGGAGCUUACUGGCUACUUUGGAAACGGAGCAUGGGCGCGAGCGCCUUGAGCAGGGGACGACGAGUUAUCUGACCCAACUGCAGGAUGCAGCGCGUGCGAAGAACCGACGGACGAAAUAUGUGUUCCCGGGGACGAGCGAGGAUCGGCUAUUCGAUCCGAGUUAUCGCCACAAGCAUCAUGAUCCUGUCGGCUGCAUUUGCAAGGACUGCGAGCAGGGAUCGGAUCCUGUUUGCGAAGCGGCACUAACCAUCACCUGCGCGGAUCUUCAAUGCGAUGGAUCCCACCUGAUUGAUCGCCAACGCCUAAGAAUGAAAGCCGAACAGGAGGCAAACGGAGACAGCCAGGCGCAAAGCCCAGCUAUCCACAUAGGACAGAUCGCAUCAGGCGACACGGUAGUCAAGUCCGGCGAAGACCGCGACACUCUCGCCAAGAAAAUGAAUGUAGUCGCGUUUGAGAUGGAGGGGGCCGGUGUGUGGGAUCAGCUGCCGUGUAUCAUUGUCAAGGGAGUUGCAGAUUAUGCGGACUGUCAUAAGACUCACACGUGGCAGGAUUUCGCCGCGGCCACGGCUGCGUCGGCUAUGAAGGCCCUGCUGGAUAGAUAUGUUAGGACGGAUAGGGUUGCUAGUCCGCGAAUGUAGGAAAUAUUGGGUGAUUUGGGAGUGUCAUCUAGCCUCUACGUAAGAAAGGGCAUCCAGUUGGUGAGACUGCUGGUUAGAGGGCACAUUUGCUGCUCCC